GGUAGCCUGGGAACAGGUAGUUCUCAUAGCUCUCUCCUGCAAAGCCUUGUAAGCAGCAGAUUUCAUCAGAAACAGGUCCCAGAAGCUGUGAAAAAGUCUCCUGCAGCCUGAAACAACAGAGAACAUCCUAUAAAGGACACUCCUAUUUUAUACCUAAGGAAUAUUGCUUAAUAGGUGUUAAUCUGAGGAAAUAUAUUACAUGGUAAAACUUUUGACAAGCCUUCUGAGCACCUAGAGAACAUUUAAUUUUUUUGUCUGAUCAGAAGCACCUAUGUCACUGCAUAUGCUGCAAUGGAAACUUUAGGACAAAUUCAAAGUUUUGGUAUCCGUGUUACCUGUAUGUAUCCUAAAGCAUUUGGUAUAGUGUUUGCCAGUCUUCUAGUUUCUUCCUGCUCAUCUCUGAACAUAAGAGCUCGUCCACUUGUUUCCAAUUCACCUUUCCUUUCUAUUUGGAAUGCUCCUACAGAACUUUGUACUGAAAAGACUGGAGUGCAGUUGGACAUGAAGUUUUUUUCUCUCAUUGGAAGCACACUGAAGACAUCAAUUGGGCAAAACAUCACUCUUUUCUACCCAGACAGACUUGGCUAUUAUCCUUACAAAAAUGAGGUCACAGGAGAGGCAUUCAAUGGAGGACUCCCUCAACUCUUGCUACUGGAGAAACAUUUAAGAAAAGCCAAAGAGGACAUCCAGUUCUAUAUUCCUUCAGAUGAACAGUUUGGAUUGGCCGUCAUUGACUGGGAAAACUGGAGACCUGUGUGGAUACGGAACUGGGGAUCAAAAGACAUUUAUAGACAAGAAUCCAUCGAACUGGUUCAGCAGAGAGACCUCAGUCUAUCAGAAGCUGAAGCCAGGACUAUAGCUAAAAUGGAAUUUGAGGCUGCAGCAAAAUCAAUUAUGUUAGAAUCUUUAAAUCUGGGCAUAAAAAUGAGGCCAAAACGUCUGUGGGGAUACUACCUUUAUCCAGACUGUUAUAACUAUGAUUACAAACAAAACCCACAUAAUUAUACAGGAACCUGUUUAGAUAUUGAAAUAGAAAGAAAUAAUGAGCUUAACUGGUUGUGGGAGAAAAGCACAGCACUUUAUCCAUCUGUCUAUCUAGAGACAGCCUUAAGGUCUUCCAGAAAUGCCCAGCUCUUUGUUCGCAACAGAAUUCAAGAAGCCAUUAGAAUUUCACAUGUCUCUAAUUCUACUCAUCCCCUUCCAGUUUUUGUAUAUACACGUCCAGUAUUCACAGAUGUCUACGAGGAAUAUCUCUCCCAGGAUGACCUGGUUAAUACCAUUGGAGAAUCUGCUGCACUGGGUGUUUCUGGAAUUGUGAUCUGGGGCGAUAUGAAUCUAACACAAAAUAAGAACACGUGUAGAACUCUGGACAACUACCUUAGAAGUACUUUGAUCCCAUAUCUCAUCAAUGUCACAAUGGCAGCCAGAAUCUGUAGUCAAGUGUUAUGUCAAGACUCUGGUGCCUGUGCACGGAAAAAAUGGAACUCUAGUGACUAUCUUCACUUGAACCCUGAGAAUAUUGUCAUUCAAAUGACAAAGGAUGGAAAAUACACUCUACAAGGGCAACCAGCAUUUCAGGAUCUGCAAACAUUCAUAGAAAAAUUUGAUUGCCACUGUUAUGCAGGGCGGAGUUGUGAACCCAGAGCUGAUAUAAAUGACAUCCAUUACCUUCAUGCUUGCAUUUCUGAAGAUAUUUGCAUUCAGAUAUCCUCAAAUUCACUUUCUAAUAUAGAAGCCUCUGAAGAAAAGAUCCUGUCUAACAGAACUGUAUUUUCAAUAACCUCUCAGAGUAAGGCGACAUUAUCUACACAUCCUGAAACAGAAGAUUUCCAAUCUACCUUUGAAAAUAAUAUGCUCAACGCAACAUCUGCAGAAUAUAACACUGUCACAGCUGCCACUAGAUAUGAUUUCGAAGCAAAUGAUACUCGUACUUUCAUAAGUUCUUCAUGCCAUCAGACAAGGAUGUUUAAUCUAUUCUGUUUAAUUCUAAUUUUGAGAAUCUUAAUAUAAAUGACCCACAAAAAUGAGAAUAUUAUUUUCCCCCACUGUGUUUGAAAUUUUAAAGGUUUUAUUUACAAAGAAAAAUAACAUCUUAAAGGCAUAUGUCUUAUCUGUAUCAGGUAGCAUUUUUUAUUCCAUAGGUGACACUUCAGCUUGAAUGUAUAUCCUCAGUUUAGUUCUAUAAACUACUAUUUGUGCCAAAGAUAUACUGGUCUGUAUAUAUCAAUUAUACCAUAUGAAAGGAUAAUUCUGAAUA